AUCCUAAGAUAAUAAUUUGACGAAGCGAUGUAUAAUUCCUUAGAGCCCAAGAGGCCGACGUUAGGUGCGUGUCGUGAAUUCUGUUUUCCACUUCGUCGAACGAGUGGUGUUAAUAGUGGGCUGUAAUUGAAUCCUCGUUUCCAUCUACCGUAACAAGCAAGCGCUAUACAAGUAAGACGGUUUUGCUGCACAUCCCGGAUACAAGUAAGACGGUUUUGCUGCACAUCCCGGAUACAAGUAAGACGGUUUUGCUGCACAUCCCGGAUACAAGUAAGACGGUUUUGCUGCACAUCCCGGAUACAAGUAAGACGGUUUUGCUGCACAUCCCGGAUACAAGUAAGACGGUUUUGCUGCACAUCCCGGAUACAAGUAAGACGGUUUUGCUGCACAUCCCGGAUACAAGUAAGACGGUUUUGCUGCACAUCCCGGAUACAAGUAAGACGGUUUUGCUGCACAUCCCGGAUACAUAAAAUGAUACAGCGUUGUGGUAGCGUUACUGUCGAAUUCGUUGUAUCGCGACCCGCGUUUUCAAAAAACGAUUUGUUUUGAUUUUCUGUUCCGUCAGUAAAACCAUUCUGAGCCAAUCAUAGUCUCGCUGUGUGCACUCCCCUGGCUAUCCUCUGGACGAAAACCAAACAGUGUCCGAAAAACGGUCUAAAAAUCUUUCCGGAGUUUCUCCCAAAAAUGUCUAAAAAUCCCGAAUUUGUCUCUAAAAAUCCUGAUUUCUCCCCUAAAAAUCUCGAAUUUGCUUUUUUUUUUCAUCCAUAAAUAUGCCAUUCCUCCCUUAAUUAUAAGAUAUAUAUAUCUUUAUGUUGUGUUUUUUUUUAUUUAUUGGGUUUGUAUAACUGCGCAAUUCAUCAUUAUUCGCAUCGCAGGAAAUAACUUUCCACGAUUUACACAUGUUUUACAAACUAAACUAACUUCUAAAUACUGACUCUCCUACCAGUGAAGCAAACAAGGCAUUCUGGGAAUAUGGCCAAAGCCGCUGACCGGUACUUUUUGUAUGACAGUGACUAAAUAGCCAAGCUAUUGACGAACGGUUUAGUUGAAAGAAUCACAUUUCUACCGAAAAUCGGCAGUUUUUGGUAGGAAUUUUACCUAAAACCCUAAAUAAAUUUCCUAAAAUCCUGAAAUUUCCUAAAAAUCUUUAGUUUUUCUAAAAAUUUCGUUUGACUCUAAAAAUCCUAAAAAAAAAAAUCCGUAAUUAUGUAUCCAGGCCUAAUUUCGACAGUAAGCACAGAAGUCACUACUUCCGAUUGCCUUCCGUGAUCAAGAAACAUAUAUCCUUAAGUCUUCCCUAUCAUCUCCUGAUGACACAAAUCCGGGGUUAUGUUUCAAGUCCUGAAUAGAAAAAAAAUAAAUAUCGAAAACGUGGCGCUACGUGACUUUCGGAGCCUAUAUCGCGUCUUGUCUUAUCCCAUAGCUAAUUGGUAAACGAUUUUGUGUAAUCAAUGAGAUAUGCAGAUAGAUUCCAAAAGCUAGAAACAAAGUUAACGCUUUUUUUAUACAAUUAUAAGCUAGAUAAGAGAAGAUAAAGAUACCCUUUUCAAAAGUAGCACUUUGGGGGAUAGCAUAUUUGAAGAAACAGUUUUUUCGAACAUGGAACACGUUUAAAUGAAUUUUUGUUUGCAACCAAAGUCGGCAACUAAAUAAUGAAAUAGGCGAAAAAAUAUUAGGAAAUACUUUUUAUUAUAACCUCAGUAAAUAACCUUAGUAAAACAUUUUAGAUUUAUAAAAAAAAAAUGGUACAAGCCCUUCUCAAUUUAUAAGACAUAUUGCAUGUUAUCGAAUCUUGCUAGUCCUUGCUGAAUUUUUCCCAUAUACUCUAAGUUUAUGGCUAGGGUUGCAACAAGGUCCGAUGAACGCACAUUGUAAUAAAUGAAGCAUAUUGUAAUAAUUGAAGCAUAUUGUAAUAAUUGAAGCAUAUUGUAAUAAUUGAGGCACUUUGUAAUACCUGACGCACUUUGUAAUACCUGACGCACUUUGUAAAACCUGACGCACUUUGUAAAACCUGACGCACUUUGUAAUACCUGACGCACUUUGUAAAGCCUGACGCACUUUGUAAUACCUGACACACUUUGUAAUACCUGACGCACUUUGUAAUAAUUGAGGCACUUUGUAAUAGUUGACACACUUUUUAAUACCGGACGCACUUUAUAAAACAUUUUGACGGCACUUAUGCAAUGAAAAAGAAUGCUCUUGACGCAAUUUUAAAUAGAGUUUCCAUGCUAGCAAAGCUAAUCUGAAAGGUAUGAAAUUUGUUUUCCUGGUUCUCUUUUCUUGGAUGUAGCACGUCCUGAUAGCCACGCGUAUGUUCAAUAGACGUUACUUUCGCGUGCUAGUUGGCAAUGUUGGCAAGGUGUUUUUUUUCUUUUUGAGCGAAUUUAUAAUACAUAAUUCUUCUUUUAUCUUUGCAUAUUUAUUAGCUAUUAUGCGGGUCAAAAUGUGGUGGUUUAAUACGGCUACUUAUGCUCUCCUUUUGAGCUCCGUCAGGUUCGGUUUUGAUUCUAAUUAUCGAUAACGUAUCACUUUGAAAAACGAUUUUUUCGCACUUUUUCGAUCAAGGUGCCUCAAAUGGGCUCAAUUAAUUUAUCAAAUAGCACGUUCUGGAGUUUCGUGGCCCUUUUUUUUUCUUUAUUAAAAGGGACUUUGUCAACUAUCCUACUGCCUGUCAACCCAGGCGUAGCAGAAAUCCAUAUCGGCGUAUAUACGAUCCUUUUUUACGACUGCAUUCGGUUAGCCACAAAUGAAGUUAUAGUUUUGUAUGUUUCUUUUGCAAUUGUAUUUUUUUUUUCAGUAAAUAAUGUAAACGAUAAUAUAGGAGGGGCUGAUGGAACCCCCCUUUAUCGAUCACAUUUCGAGACGAAGUGAAGGGCUUCCGCAGCUUAAUGUCACUUUUUGCAAUAUUAUCAGCAGAUGUAAUUUAGCGGACCAAAACAGACCCUUUAAUGCGAUAAUAUCAUCCGCAUCCGCUGUUCUGUUAUUUUGGGGGUCUCCACAAGAUGUCUUCAAACAGCAUGGCUAAUUUUGCGCGCUUUAGGCUACAAACGCAGAGCUACAAACGCAGAACAGAGUAAGCGGUGCAGCAGUGAUUCGUAUGUGAAUUUUAAACAUCCAAAUAUUUGGACUUCUCCCACCAUCACACGGGGGCGCACUAUCUACCUUCGACUGAAUGGAUGGUGACUACUCAAGGUGAUAAGAUGUUCCUGAUCAUAGCAACGUUUAUCGUUGGGAUUGAAGUCAUCGCGGGCGAGUCAAACUGGACGCGGUGUUCACCGGUCUGCAAAUGCGCACACAUCGAUAAAAGUAUGGCAGCAGUGUGUCGACCCGCGGGACUCCUCGAGCCAGACCACUUCGCUCUACCCGUGGCUGUGGAAAGCCUAUCAAUAGAAAAUGACAGCUUGGAUUUUAUCCCUGCGGGAUUGUUCUCACACAUAACGAGUCUGAAACAACUCAUUCUUAAGAACAACAGCAUCAGGAGUAUUGCCAAAGGAGCUUUUAAUGGCCUCGACAAAUUACUAACACUCGAUCUCAGUAGCAAUGGCCUUCAGAUCUGGGACGUGGAUCCAGAUCUAGAACUAAACUCCCUAAAAACAGUCAAACUGUACGGUAACAGAAACUACAGCCCUGAUACAAGCAUCCUGAAACUCUGCAACUUAAGGGAGCUACAAGGGGUCUCAUGGAGCAUGCACUGUAAGGAUUGCACGCUGGCCAAAUUUACAGAGGACGCGAGAAACAUGACGCGUAUCAAAAACAUGACCGAUGACGACAUGGGUGAUGCGAUUUGUGUCAUGGAAAAGGACGAGUUCUUGCAUAAUGACGUCAUCAAGUACGGAAAGACGUUUGAGUAUGUGAAACUUGGUUUUACCCCUCAAUGCAUAUGCGAAGGGGAUGAGGAGUGUUAUAAUCAUGAGAUUCAGUUCCCGUAUUUUGAGCACUUGUAUGAAGUACCCCGGUCACUGUUCCACAUUCAGUACGGCAUCGGAAGUAUCAUCCUUGUACUGAACAUUGUCAUCGUGAUCCUUAUCAUAUUCUGCCCAUCCUUACGUAACAGCACGUCGUUCAUCCUCAUCUGCAGCAUGGCUCUGAGUGAUGCACUUGUCGGGGUGUAUACUAUAAUGAUCGCGAUCCACAACCCCUUUCACGAUACUACAGUGACGCCCAACGAGUUACUCAUGAACAAUAUCAAGGUGUGCCCGAAUAUAGGGGUGGUCUUCACCACGGCUCAAGUCACCACAGUCUUCACGUCCUUUUUCUUAACCUUGGAGAGGUACCUCGCGAUCGUCCACUGCGAUAACCCUACAGCCCGACUCAGCAGUAAACUCUCACUUCGCCUCUCCAUUCUAGUCUGGCUUAUUGCUAUUACAUUCGCGAUGCUACCAAUAUUCGGCGUGCAGGGCUUGCAGUAUCACAAAUGGUUCCAGUGUACAAUGCCCUUUCACAAAGGCUCCUACAUCACCGACACUUCUACCGUCACUCUCGCAGUGGGAGUACUCUGCGUCAUGAUUUACCUUACGAGUGUUGGCCUCUACGUUCGCAUCUACGUUUUCGUACAGAAAGCGAGUUCACAGUUGGGUGUAAAACGAGAGGCCCGCCUAGCAAAGAGGAUCUCACUCAUGGUGUUGACAAACUUUUUCUUUUUUGUAACUCCGAUGAUCCUGUUUCUGAUCUACGUGUAUCGAUUUGUGGAUUUGAUGCUGGACGCUGCUGUGACUUUAAACAGCCUACGCGCGUUCUUCGUCAUGGGCAGUUGGAUUCCCGUCACCCUACUCGGGCUCAGCUCACUGAUUAACCCCUUCCUUUACGCCUUCAGACAUCAGAAGUUCCAACGAGAGGCGACAAGGUUAGGGCGUAACAUCAGCUGCAAUAUAGGGAUGUCAGUGAAUUCUCAAAACUCCGACAGAAAAGGAAGCACACGCCAAUCAAAUAAGACCCCAACGUGGAAGAAACACCAAGGAUCCAACGGAAGAAGAUUGAAACGGAAUGGGAACCCCAAUACUAUUGAACUACAGCUUUUCUCUGAACCAGAACACCAUGAACCACAAACUCUAGAUCCUUAAGACGAGUUUAUGUACGAUUUUCUUCACAAGAAUAAUAAAGCCAUAAUUUUGUUGUUGUUCAUUCAA